CAAUGUUGUCUUCCGGUUACCAAUUGACAUAUUUUCCUGAAUGAGUUAAACAUUAGCCAUUGUUUUAUUCGUUUCGUAUUGUUGAUCAUGAGUUUGCAAUGGAAACAUUAAGUCUGGUGUCAAAUGGAUCUCCACUUCGACCUGGCUGGAUGGAUUUCUGUGACAAACAUGCAAGAUCAGCGUCCGAAGAGUUCUUUGCUAGCUUCCUGGUGUAUCUGAAAGCCCAUCCUACUUCUGAAUUUAGACCAAGGGAUCCGGUGGACUUUGCCAAAAAAUUUGUUGAGUUGUUUCUGAAGUAUUUCGAGAAAAAGAUACAAAAUGACAAGCCUGCAGACAGUGAAGAAAUCAAUCAAAAGCCUUUAGAGGGCGCAACUGGGUGGUCAAACUAUGGUGGCGAUUUUGGUGGGUCCAAUGGUUUUGAUGAUUCUAGUGCAAUUGAACAAUCAUUUCAGUCAUCUAAUGGACAAGAUCAGUUUAAUGAAUCGUCAAAUGUUGUUGUACUAUCAGAUGAACAUUCAGCUGCUGAAGCACCGAGUCCAAGUCAUCAAACAUCAUCAAUGUUAAAGCCGCCAAAAGGAAGUAUUCUCAAAAGGUUUUCAUUUAGAAAAAUUAAACAGCACAAUUUAUUCAAGCAACAUUCAGAUGAAGUUGAAUUAUCUUCUGGAUCAAAUGAAAAUUAUUCUCGUGAGAGACAUUUGCAAGAUCAAAAACAAGCAAAGAGAUCCAAAAAGCUAAUGAAAGAAUCAAAACAAAAAUUACCGCCACUACCAUCACAUCCGGGACAAGUUAAAAAAGAAGGAAUUGUGUAUGUGUUUAAUGGGGAGGACUCAAAAGGGAAAUCAAAGUGGGAAAAAACAAGACUUUUGUUGUGUAAAGCAGAUAAAGACUAUUCACUUGAGUUUUUCUCACCACCAAAGUCUGUGAAACCAAAGCAAGGUUUAUUCUGCACAAUGAUAACUGAGGCACGAGUAACAACACCCCUCGAAAUGCCUGACCAUCAGCACUCGUUUGUUUUAAAGGGUGCUGUUACAACAGAGUACAUCAUAGAGGCCCCCUCCCAGAGUGAGAUGAACUCAUGGUUGGCUGCACUGGAAUGUUGUAUCUCCCCUGUCCAACACCUGGAUGUGGACAGCGACCACGAUCUUACUCCAGAAACGCGUCCCCGUUUACCUUCGGCUCCAGGGGGCUCAGUCAGUCACAGCAAUACAGAUUCCCUGAUGUUUGGGAGUCCAAGGCGGAGCACUUCCCAGGGCAGCGUAAACAGCAAUCCACCGGAAAUCCCACCCCGUCCUGCUGGCUCUAGUCCACGGUCAUUCAACUACCCGUUAGGCCCAGAUGAUCACCAUGAUGGUGGAUCUGGUGACCACAACAUUGAUGUGAUGUUGCGUGAGUAUCCCUGGUUUCAUGGCACAUUGAGUCGCCUGGAGGCUGCGCAACUCGUGUUACAACAGGGGCCCAAUGGCCAUGGCGUGUUCCUUGUCCGCCAGAGUGAAACGCGCAAGGGAGAGUACGUCCUCACUUUCAACUUCCAGGCUAGAGCAAAGCACCUGAGAAUGACUAUCAACAAUGAAGGACAGUGUAGAGUCCAGCAUUUGUGGUUCAACUCUAUCUUUGACAUGCUGGAACACUUUCGCACCCACCCCAUACCUCUAGAAUCAGGCGGCACAUCAGACGUGACCCUGACGGACUAUGUGGUGUCGCUAGAUCGACCCAUGACCCCUACCCAGGGAUCGCCGAGCCAAGGGUCACUGGAAACUGGCUCCAACCCUAAUCUGAGUUCACGUCAAGGGGAGGGGCGCGACAUCAUUGUGAUAAGUGGGUCAAUUCGUGCAAGGACAGAGUCAAUAGAGAACGUGAUGCGGGAACAGGCACAACAGCAUCAUGGGAGUCAACAAGGACUUCAUGGGCGGGCGGUGGAGAAUCACUACUCUUUUGUGUGAAACAGCACUGUGAUGUCCAACAGAUAGACCUUUAUGUGUAGGGCUGAAUGAAAAUAAGUUCUAAUACUUAUGUGCAAAAUAUAAAGACGCUCAAGUCUGAUUUAAUUUCUAUACUAAAAUUUAAGUACUAGAAUCAAUUUUGCAUUCACCCCUUCAUAUUCAAAGCUAGGAAGAUCUGACCUACUUAUUGUUUUGUGAUGUUUUUAAGCAUUAUGUGGAUGUUCAUGCAUUAUUUGCACUCAUGAAAAUGAGGCAAUUUGCAUGAAAAGCAAUACUGUUGUAUUAUACUAGAGAUUCCAUGUUAUAGCAAUGUAUGUUUUUGAGAUAUUUGAAGACCAAAAUACAUUUUAUACUUUGUAUAAAGAGUUGUAUUUACAUAAUACAUGUAUAGAUAUAAUGGUUUACAACCCUCUGAUAGCAAUACAUGUACAUAUAAAUGUAUAAAACUGUACUAGUGACCUGGAAUACACAGGCUGGGGUAUAUUGCUUAAGCUGUUAAAUCUCGGGUGCUUUAUGAAACAAUCCUGUGUAACAGCAGAUUAUAAGAGAGCCCUUCAUACUCUCCUAGCUCUGGAAUUUUACUACCUCAUAGGGAGUGCUAUUUUGAUUCAGGUCAUUACAUAGAAAAUCUGCAUCUGAACAAUAAAUUGAGGUGGACUAUCUGGUGACAGAGGUUUAACCUUUCCCACCUUUCUUAUGCUUUUUUAUGUUUCAACCAAAAGCACUUUUAAAAUAAAUUAGCUACUUAGGGAAGGAGGGCUCUUAUGUGUUUCUCACUAACAUGAUUUUGUAUUCUCAGCCUAGCCAUGGAUAAGGUAGACAGGUGAUAACAGUUUUACUGCAAUAUCUUAAUUAAGGGCCUUACACAGUGCAAAAGUGGGUGAGGAAGGCCAAAUAUUAAAGCGUUUUAAAAGUUAAUGUUUUUUUUUUAGUUUUGAGGAACAAUCUUUUUCACGAGUAAAACAUACAUACUAGUACUUUGUAACAUGUUUUGGGGUUAAAGGAGUUGACCAAACUUUAUGAAAGAAGAUUUAAUCAGAUUUUGAAAAUAAAGCAUUUGCAUUUUUUCGUAAAAGUCUGUUUACAAUGUAUUUCAUGUUUUUGCAUUAAAAUGCCCUAGACAAAAUAAUAAACAAAGUCUUGCGGGUUCUUGAAGAUGUCUUUUUAAAAAAGAAACAGGGUCAAUAAAAUAAUGAAAUAUAGUGAAUUAAAUUUAUAUACUGGUUACAAAAAUGCAAAUAUCUUUCUUAAAAUAGCUGCAAUCAGCACAAAGCCCCAAGACAUUGUUGUUUGGGUAGUAUGGACUAUUUUGACAAAAACAAUCAUUUUGUAUCAAGACAUUUCCGGAAAAAUGCAAGUGCUUUUUAAUUGGAAAUCUGAUAAAAUCUUCUUCCAUAAAUGUUGGUCAACUCCUAAUUAUAGCAACUCAUGUUGCAAAGUAUUAUGCUUGCUAAAUAUUGAACCUCAAAACUCAAGAAAUGACAUUUUUAAACAUUAUUUAUUUUGGUCCUUCGAUUGACAUUUGCACUGUUGAAAGUCCCUUAAUAUGUACUUACAAGAUUUCCCUAAAAUGUGUAAAUAAUGUUCUAAUGCAUGCCCUAAACUGUUGUACGUCAUGUAGAAUUUAAUGACAUUUUAAAAUUUGUUGUACUACACAGCUGGUCUGUAGAUUGUAGAAUUCAACACAAUUGUGGUGACUGUUAAAAUGGUUGUUUUGAAUGGAGUAAAGUUAUGUCAAGUAGAACACAGAAAUGAGUUGACUAUACAUGUUAAUUAUCUGAAAUCGGUUAUACUACCACUUUUCAAUUAGCUUGAUAACUUUUUAGGAACAUAUGGAUUAUGUUGUAUAAUUAAUACAAAAUGAAUAUUUUCAAUAGCUAUGGUCUCUUUUGUACUAAGUUUACAUGUAGUUUACCGGUAAUUUCAUAUAAAUUUACAGACAUGCUGUAAAAGUAAGAAUUAUUACCAUACAUAACUAUUCUGUAACUAAUUGGUAAUUAUUUAUAGACGGUUAGUUCUACAUUAUAUUUAUGGACAACAAAUAGAUGCAAAUGAGAUAGCUACUAAGAGGUUUCGUUAUUCACUGAUUGUUUUGCCAAUUACCGUACAUCAUAUUUAAUGUGAUUCAAUGUUUUGCCAAUUACCGUACAUCAUAUUUAAUGUGAUUCAACAAUCACGAUUAUAUAUUAAAUUGCUAAUAUUUUAUGAAGGAAACAAACUCUGUAAAUGUGAAACAUGGAAAAAAAUAGCCUGGGAAAAUGUAAAUCUUGAAUGAUCAACACUACAUGUAUAUACCCAUCAUAUUGAAUCAUUUAUUGCAGAUUUUCUGAACAGAUUUUUUGUGCAUGCUUUAAAAUUCAACUGUCUGAAUUAUUGCGUUACAACUUUUAUAUUCAAGUGUUCUAUAUUUCAAGUUUGUAAGUGUUCUCUGAUUCUAGUCUUAAGUAAGCAGAAUUUCAUUGUUUUAUUCAUCAUGUUUUUUAAUCAUAGAUUUCAUUUUGGUAUAUCUUUUCAUGUGCUGCAGUUUAUCAACGAAAACCAGUAUUUAACAUCUAUACUUGCAUCCAUAGAAAUCAUAAGUUGUACACUCAAUUAUCAAUUCCGGGGGUACACUUUUUCAUAUAUUCAGAUGGUCCUAAAAAACAUACUGGUGCCAUUAUCGGCAAUUUUGGCCUUAAUUCAGAUAUAUAUUUCUUUAUUUACAUGCAUCAACGGAAAUGGUACAUAUACACUUCAGUAAAAUGUGCUAUCACUUUGUCUGUGCUACAACAUUUUUAUACACUUCCAUUUUUUAAAAAGGAAUAUACAUAUAUGAGAUGACAUAUACAUGUUUAACUUAUUAUAUUCAUUUUGAUAAUAGCACACUGACCAAGGCAAAAAAGAGCUCUGGUGCUCACUUGGUGAAGUUGAUUGCUAUCUUGCACCGAAACAAUUAUUCUUCUAUAUACAAGCCCCAGACUGCUUGGGCCCACUGUAGUUCUACCUCAAAGUUUACCGCUGUAAGAAUUUCCUCUGUGCAAGGUACAUACCCGGUAUAUUCCUGCUGCUGAGAGUUUUGUAAUGGUGGUAACACCAAAGUUGGCUAUAUUUUUAGAUCAAUUAUAUUUCAUGGAUAUUGUAUUGUUUUGUAUUGCACACACUUCUGACCAAAGUCAUAGGUAUUAAAAAUAUCACUUCAGAACAUUGUAGUCAAUACUCUCUAGUAGACACUGAACUGAAGAUAAACCAUUGUUGGCUAUUCCAUUUAAACAUACCACCCACCACAGGAAGGUAAUUUUAAAUUGACAAUCCCUUUUUAAAAAAACAGGAACCUACCCUAUAUGGACAAUCCGAGCACCUGUCAUCUUCCAUUACAAGUAACCUGCGAUGUAUAUGGAGGGUUUACAAUGUCAGAAUUCUUUACAUUUAACUACGCUGUAAGUAGAUUUCAUAGCAAUUUUAAUUGAGCAAUAAAGUCUUUGGACUUUACUCUCAGGAGCAUCAAUAAUAUUUUUCACUGGGAAUUGAUUUGAACUUCACAGAUUAAGUAAAAAUUACAAUUUUAAAACACUACAAAUUUAACAAACUAUUUUACUAAUGCAUCUGCAUACAUCCAAGGAUUGUUGUUUGCGGAGGUGUUCCGAUCGCUUUAUAGAAUGUUCUUAUUUUGCCUUUGAGGGGUGAGUUAAAUGGAAUAGCCCUGUCUAUAUGCAGCUGAACAGUUUUUUUUCUAAACUGUUUGAAGACAAUACUUAUUUGCUCAUCUGAAUUAGACUGCACUUGAAAACAAAGCUAUUUGCAUGUAUUGUUGUUAUUGCUUUAUUAUAUGUACAAAGAUUUUUGUUAAGACUGUAGGAUGGGUUUGUUAACAAGCACAGUAACACAUUUUUGAGUGAUAUAUUUAUUCAUUUGUUGUGUAUUUUGUAUGAACAACUGUAUGGUGAAAUCAUUGUAAAGUAUAGACAAUAAAAACAUAGAAAUCUC